AUGAAGGUCAUCUAUGGAAUUGUGGCAGGAGCCCUGCUUGCGUUGCCUGCUACUGCAGCUCCCAAGCCAAUAACUCGCCGGACCAUAACGACGUCUCUUUUGGAUAAAUUGGACUUUUUCGCCCAAUAUAGCGCUGCAGCGUAUUGCUCAGCUAAUCUCGACACCACCGGAAUUGCUUUAGCUUGCAGUGCCGGCAAUUGUCCUGAAGUAGAAGCCGCGGAUACUACAAUUUUGUAUAACUUUGACAGCUCUAGUAGCUUUGGAGAUGCAACAGGUUAUGUUGCAGUCGACAAUACAAAUGGAUACAUAAUCGUAUCAUUCAGAGGAAGUAGCGAUUUCUCAAACUGGGUUGCAAACCUGGAUAUACCUCUCAUUGAUGCUAGUAGCAUCUGUUCAGGGUGUAAAGUCCAUGAGGGGUUUUGGGAUACGUGGGCAACUGUAGCCAGCAACGUGGAAGCGACGGUCGAAUCUGCUCUUAGCACUUAUCCGGGUUAUACACUUGUCACCACCGGCCAUAGUCUCGGGGGUGCUUUGGCAGCCAUUGCAGCAAGUGUGUUUCGCGCUUCAGGAUAUACUGUUGAGCUGUAUAACUAUGGACAACCUCGCAUUGGUAAUCUAGCUCUAGCCGACUUUAUUACGAGUGAAAAUGCCGGAAGCAACUACCGUGUCACGCAUACAGACGAUAUCGUCCCAAAGCUGCCACCGAAGUUGCUGGGUUACGACCACUUCAGUCCCGAGUACUGGGUUACUAGUGACAACAACGUGGCGGUAACAGACUCGGAUGUUGUUGAAGUCCAGGGUGUUGACUCUACUGCUGGCAAUGACGGGACGAGCGGUGACAGUACUAGUGCUCAUAGUUGGUACUUUGUGGCCAUUUCUGCAUGUUCUUAA